CGUGUAUAGACCCAGUCAGUUCGGUGGUUAUAUCAAUCGUGGCUAUGAUGAUUUAGAUAGUUCCUUACUUUUCGCACAAUACGAGGCAAUGAAUGAUGCUAGGAACAGUGGGGCCGUGCCGCCCUACACGCCCCACGGCCAUUGCGAUCCUCUGGCGGGCGAUGAUGGAAACGAUGGGGCUGAUUCCGAGCAUCACGAUGAGGGGGACGAUGUAUUCAAGGACUGUGUCGACGAUGCCAUAGACGAAGAUGAGCAGGCACAUCACAGUCGCUGCCUGCCCGAGUUUCAAUUCUCGAUGGUCGAUUCGGAAUAUGAUGAGACGCUGGCGUUUCCCGAUUCUGUAACGAUUUUAUCGACUGUGGGCGAUAAACCGGUGCUGGUAGAGCGCAAAGAGACGGACGACGAUGAUGAAGAGUUCGAUGAUGAGAAUAGCGUGCUUCUUCGCCAAGAGAUACCAUUCAUCAGCAUCUAUGGGGCGAGCGUGAAGUUCAACUCGUUUCAGCGCAAGGUGUUCAUACCGGGCCGAGAGAUACAUGUGCGAAUUGUGGAUACGGAGCGGAGUGUGACGACUCAUCUGCUUAAUCCUAAUUUAUACACCAUCGAGCUCACGCAUGGCCCUUUCAAGUGGACCAUUAAGAGGCGCUAUAAGCACUUCAAUUCCUUACACCAGCAGCUUAGUUUCUUCCGCACCUCGUUAAAUAUACCGUUUCCAAGUCGAGCGCACAAGGAGAAGCGCACCACCUUGAAGGCCGCUGCGAGUCAAAUGGCCGAUGAGUCCACUUUGAAGGAUCUGCCCGCCCAUACCAAAGUCAAGCAUUCCAGCACUCCAAUUAGCAAUAGUCAAAAUCGCACAAACAACAACAACAACUUCAAUAGUAGUAGCAGUGGAGAUGGAGCUGGCACUGGAAUCGUGGCUAAUAUCAUCAGUCCCACCCACAGUUCUAUCCUCGCCAGCUUCACGCCGCGUCGCAGUCAAAGGAAACACAAGAAAAAGAAAAGAAAACUUCCACGUUUUCCCAAUCGUCCGGAAAGCUUGAUCACCGUGGAACAUUUACCGGUGCGGAUCAAACAGCUGGAGGACUAUCUGUACAAUUUACUCAAUAUUAGUUUAUAUAGAUACCAUCACGAGACGCUUAACUUUGUGGAGGUAUCUAAUGUGUCAUUCGUCUCCGGUCUGGGCAUCAAGGGCAAGGAGGGAAUCAUAUUGAAGAGGACGGGUUCGACGAGGCCGGGCCAGGCGGGCUGCAAUUUUUUCGGGUGCUUUCAGCGCAAUUGCUGUGUGCGGUGCAAUUACUUCUGCUCGGACGUGGUCUGCGGGACGUGGCGCAGCCGCUGGUUCUUUGUGAAGGAGACGUGCUUCGGCUACGUUCGGCCCACAGAUGGCAGCAUUCGAGCAGUCAUCCUGUUCGAUCAGGGCUUCGACGUCUCCACGGGCAUCUAUCAGACGGGCAUGCGCAAAGGCCUGCAGGUGCUCACGAACAGCCGCCACAUUGUGCUCAAGUGCUGGACGCGGCGCAAGUGCAAAGAGUGGAUGCAAUACCUCAAGAACACGGCGCACACCUACGCCCGCGACUUCACCUGCCCCAACCCGCACAUGUCGUACGCUCCUAUGCGCGCGAACACCCAGGCUGUCUGGUACGUGGAUGGAGCCCAGUACAUGGCCGCAGUGGCAGAUGGCCUAGAGGCGGCCACGGAGGAAAUCUACAUUGCCGACUGGUGGCUCAGCCCCGAGAUCUAUAUGAAGCGCCCCGCUCUGGACGGCGACUAUUGGCGACUGGACAAGAUCCUCUUGCGCAAGGCCAAGCAGGGCGUGCGGGUGUUUGUGCUGCUCUACAAGGAGGUGGAAAUGGCGCUCGGCAUCAACAGCUACUACAGCAAGUCCACACUGGCCAAGCACGAGAAUAUUAAGGUGAUGCGACAUCCGGAUCAUGCGCGUGGGGGCAUCUUGCUGUGGGCGCACCACGAGAAGAUUGUUGUGAUAGAUCAGACGUACGCAUUUAUAGGCGGCUUAGAUCUGUGCUACGGUCGUUGGGACGAUCGCUCGCAUCGGCUGACGGAUCUGGGCAGUAUUUCCACGGGGUCAGUUUCGGGCAGCACGCGACAGACGCCAAGCGGCUUCUUCAACAAGGAGGAUGAGGACUCGGCCUUUGGCUCACGCAAGUCCUCGCGCAAUGCUCACUACGAAACGCCAUCCGCCAAGGAGGACACUAGCACUCAGCCAGCUCACGAGGAGCCCAACUUGGCGGGCAUGGAGCUGCGAGUGCUUAAGCCUGGAGACCGCCUGCUCAUUCCAGACAUGCUCUCGGCAGCCUCCAGCGAGCUGGCUCUGGAGUCCACAGCGCUGGAGGGCAUGAAGCUGAACACACCCGAGCUGGAGCGCAGGAAUAUGCUCGAUCGCCUGAAGAACAAUGCAAUGAAGGGCGCACGCAAGGGCAAAGACUUUAUGCAGCGAUUGACCACGAGCGAAGUGACGGAGAGCACAGAGACGGAGCCGGAGGCAGGAGCGGGUGCUGCCAUCUAUUGCAUAGAAACAGCCGAAACAGCGAUGAGCAAGGAGGAUAUGGCACAAACCUCCAGCUCAGCAGCAGCAGCUAGAGAUGGAGCUCAAGCUGAAGCUGGAGCUGGUGCGGGGUCUGAGGCUGAGGUUAACACACAGAUACGCAGCGAAUUUUAUGGCCAGGCAAAGUAUUGGUUCGGCAAGGACUAUUCUAACUUUAUACUCAAGGAUUGGAUGAAUCUGAAUGCGCCCUUCGUGGAUAUCAUCGACCGCACCACCACGCCCCGCAUGCCCUGGCAUGACGUCGGCCUCUGUGUGGUCGGCGCCUCCGCUCGCGAUGUAGCCCGCCACUUUAUACAGCGCUGGAAUGCCAUGAAGCUGGAGAAGCUGCGAGACAACGUGCGCUAUCCCUAUUUGAUGCCCAAGAGCUACCACCAGAUUCGACUCAAUGCGCAGUUGCAGCAGCUGCAGCAGCGGCGUCAGCAGCGAGUCACAUGUCAGCUGCUGCGCAGCGCUUCGGCCUGGAGUUGCGGCUUCAUCGAGCCGGAUCUGGUCGAGCAGAGCAUACACGAUGCCUACAUCGAGACGAUUACGAAAGCCCAGCAUUAUGUUUAUAUAGAGAAUCAGUUCUUUAUCACAAUGCAGCUGGGCUUGGGCGUCUCGGCAACGUUCAAUGUGCGAAAUCAGAUCGGGGAGACACUCUUCAAACGUAUCGUGCGUGCCCACAAGGAACGCAAACCGUUUCGUGUCUAUGUGAUAAUGCCGCUAUUGCCAGGAUUUGAGGGUGAUGUGGGCGGGAGUACGGGCAUCGCAGUGCGUGCUAUAACCCAUUGGAACUAUGCAUCCAUAUCCAGAGGUCGCACUGCAAUUUUGACACGCCUCCAGGAGGCGGGCAUCACACAGCCCGAGAACUAUAUAUCCUUCCACAGUCUACGAAAUCAUUCCUAUCUAAAUAAUACGCCGAUCACGGAACUGAUCUACGUCCACUCCAAACUCUUGAUUGUCGAUGAUCGAGUCGUAAUUUGUGGCUCGGCGAAUAUCAACGAUCGCUCGAUGAUUGGCAAACGGGAUUCGGAAAUCGCCGCCAUUAUCAUGGAUGAGGAGUACGAAGACGGACGCAUGAAUGGCAAGAAGUAUCCAAGUGGAAUCUUCGCAGGAAGAUUGCGAAAGUAUUUGUUCAAAGAACAUCUAGGCCUAUUGGAUCCGGAUAGCUCGGUGCGCUCUGACGUUAACGUUAGUGAUCCGAUUUGCGAUCAGUUCUGGCACAAUACCUGGCGUCGUAUAUCGACGAGAAAUACAGAGAUCUACGACGAGGUGUUCAAGUGCAUUCCGACGGAUUUCGUGAAAACCUUUGCCAGUCUGCGCAAAUAUCAGGAGGAGCCGCCGAUGUCGAAAACUGAGCCAGAGUUGGCCGCCAAGCGGGCCACGGAAAUUCAGGGUCAUCUGGUUAAUCUGCCUCUGGAGUUCCUCAAUAAAGAGGUGUUAACGCCGCCCGGGACCAGCAAAGAGGGCCUCAUACCUACCUCUGUAUGGACAUAGUCUGCCAAAGUCUUUAAGACGUAUCAAAUAUAGUGAAAUUAUCAAAACUGGUUGUAAGUACAGUUGCCACCAAAAUUCAGGAUGCGCAUUUUUAGGUUAGAUUUCUAUUUAUGCAACCCACCAAAAUGCGCUUAGACCUGAAAUCUUGCUGUUGCUACAAAUCAAAAG